CAGUGAUCGAUCAACAUUUUAAUUCAUGUCUACCACCAAAAAACGAACUUAUUCCCAGGAGGAAAAUGAUACGCCACCAACAAAAAAACAACUUUUGGACACUAAAUCGACCUUGACUUCUCUCCUAAGUAAAUCUAUUGAAAAAGCAGAAGGCGACGAAGAUUUUCGUAUCAUUACAGGCACUUAUGAACGUAUUCUUUAUGGUAUCAAUUGUUAUUGGACUGAAACCAAAACAGAUAAGAAACGACGUUCAUUGACAUUGGCACCUAUUUUUAUUGUACCAGCACAUACAGGUUUGAUUCGCACAGUUGGGAUCGGUGGUCACUUUCUUGCAUCAGGAAGCACAGACGAAAUCAUUCGAUUGUAUGAUAUUAAGAAACGAAAGGAAUAUGGAUCAUUGGGUGGACAUCACCAAGGUGAUAUUACUGAUAUCAAGUUUUAUGGAAAAUUCAUGUUAACAGCAAGUGAAGAUCAUUCUAUUUGUCUGUGGCGAACAAAAGAUUGGGAAUAUUUGAAAACACUCAAAGGUCACAAAGGUCGUGUCAAUUCUUUGGCGAUUCAUCCAACUGGAAAGAUUGCAUUAUCUGUAUCAGUUGAUCGUACAGUCAUUGUUUGGAAUCUUAUGACGGCAAAAAAAGCAAGUGUGAACAAAUUACAUGGUGAAGGGAUGAAAGUAUUAUGGAAUGAAAAAGGUGAUCAAUAUGCUAUCAUGUUUGAUCGGAAUCUCAAGGUUUACAACGUUUCGGAUGCUGAAGUAAAACAAUCUAUGGAACAUCGAUCUAAAUUUCAUGAUGCGUGCUAUUGUACCGUGGAUGACAAGGAAUAUCUUAUUUCUGGACAUGAAGAUAAGACAAUCCGAAUGUGGGAUGUGACAACUGGUGAUUGUAUAUCUGAAAUAGUCAAAGCACAUGACUACCGAGUCAAGACAGUAGCUAUAGUUGAAAAUGAAGGAACAAUUGUAUUGGUAUCUACAUCAUCAGAAGGUUGGAUCAAAUGUUGGGAUAUCAAGGAAAUGGUAGCGUCCAAAGGCAAGGAUUUACAAGUAUUAGGUCAAUAUAAUACCAAAAGUAGAAUCACAUGUUGCGCCGUACAUCAAGGUUUUGCCAAGUCAGAAGAUCAUUAGUAUAGAACAUCAUAUUGUGUAUAUAUAUAUAUCAUUCAUUCAAAUAAAAAGAUUGUGGAAGUAUAGAGUUUUCUUUUUUUUUU